AUGUGUUCACUGAAAGCUCUUCAGGACUGGUGUGGAGAUGUUUGUGAAGGUUACUCUAGUGUUCAGUUCACAGACAUGAGCUCCUCAUUCACAGAUGGACUGGUUUUCUAUGUGUUCAGCAUGUGUCUGAUGUCUUCAGCUCUGUUUGUUUCUUUCUGCAGUGAUUUUCACUCUCUGUCCAAACACAACGUCUACAAGAACAUGCGUCUGGCGUUUGAUGUUGCGGAGCGUGAGCUUGGAAUUCCUGCUCUGCUGGAUCCGGAUGAGCUGUUGUGUGAGGAAGAGCCGGAUCUUCUGUCCAUCGUCACUUAUGUCUCACAGCUCUACUGUGUCUUCAAUGGAAAAUCUCAUGACAGUCUGAAGAAUUGUGUGGAGGCUGAACCCAGCAAUACCAGAACACAAGAACAGACACACACUCCGGUAUAUGCCUGUCUGUCUCCCAGAAAGAGGGCGGAGCCUCAGGAACCUCCUAGCCCCACCCCCAGAUCACAGGACCAUCGCCCUGAGAAUGACAGUCUGAAGAAUUGUGUGGAGGCUGAAGCCAGCAGUAUCAGAACACAAGAACAGAAACACACUCAG